UUGAUUAAGUAAAUAUUUUUGUGAAACUUUGCAUGAAUAUAUAUGGACAGGUCGCUUUUGUGAAUUGAUUAUUUUUAUCACAGCUAUCUAUGAGAGGAAGUUAGCAUUACCGGGUAUCUUCCGCAAUUAAACAUUGCAGCUUUUUCCAGGCUUCGAUUUCUGCUUUCAGCAGACGGCACUUCACGCGCCCACAGCGUUCUCGUUAGAGAUAGGAGUAUAAUACGCCUGCCAAAAUUAUAUGGUUGUAUAUAUAACCGACAGUGAAGAGAUGAUAUACAUGUAUACAAGAUGAAACCGGUUGUAAAGUUUGCGCUCGUUAUCAACAGUUUAAUAGUUACCGUUUUGGGGGCCGGAUUGACCUUUGUUGGCGUAGUUGUCAAAUUUUACACUGAAUUGAUAGAUGGCUACCUUACACCUAUUAUCAAAUUGUUGUCGGCAGGGGGCGGCACCGGUGCUGAUGUUUGGAAGUUGUACAGCAUGACCGCAAUCGCCUUAAUAACCUUUGGAAUAGCUGUUGUUAUAUCAGGUUUUAUCGGAUGCUAUGUGGCAGCCUCGCCUAAAAGAAAAGUUGUAAUAGCGUACAUGAUUUUCACGACUGUCAUGAUAGUUAUGCAGUUGACGUCUGCCGCCUUGAUCUUCACAAUGAAAGUUGAGGACGAUAUCAAAGAUACAUUGAAGAUUAAUCUCGUGACGAGUUAUUUUGGGGACGAAGCGAAGGACGAAUAUUCUGCCGCAUGGAAUUACGCUAUGGUAGAGUUUAGUUGCUGUGGCGCAGAGGCCGCUGGGGAUUUCAAAUUAACGCUCAACUGGGACCGGGAAAAAACGGGCGAUAACGGAACUUACAUAGUCACAGUUCCGGUCACAUGUUGUAAACUCCCCGGGAAAUACCCGGAUUUUGGAAAACCUUAUGAUGAGAAUUGCACAGUGAAACCGUCCUCUGGAAAUUCUUAUUAUCAGCAAAAUUGUUACGAGAAAUUUGAGGAAUAUCUACAGUACUAUGAGAUUUUAAUGAGUUGUUCCAGUCUAGCAACUGUGGUGUUUCAGUGUUUGACUCUGACAAUACUGGUCGUAAUUUCCGUGGAAAUGAAGCGAAAGAGAAAUAAGAUUAAACAGGCUCUCGAAGAGGAGGUUGUGCCGAUGGAAUAAAAACUCUUUAUCAGCAUAAAAUAAUACUAACACAGAAAUUAAAAUGAUAUUGUACAUUGUACAUGGAAAUAUAUAUUAUUUUUAAAAUGAGAAACGUAUGAUGUAUAGCUAUAAAUCAUCUUGUUUUUUUUCAAAUGAAAAUCAAAAAAUGAAAUAAUUGCAUAAUAAAAUGUAAACACAUUG